CCGUCCUGUUUUUAUAAUCUAAUGAACCUGUUUUGUGAGCUGACAUGUAGCCCUCAACAGAGUCAGUUUCUGAAUGUAACAGCAACUGAAGAUUAUGUUGAUCCUGAUACAAACCAGACGAAAACAAACGUAAAAGAGUUACAGUACUAUGUUGGACAGAGUUUUGCCAAUGCCAUGUACAAUGCCUGCCGGGAUGUGGAGGCCCCCUCAAGUAAUGUCAAGGCCCUGGGACUCCUGUGUGGGAAGGAUGCUGAUGCCUGCAAUGCCACCAACUGGAUCGAGUACAUGUUCAACAAGAACAACGGACAGGCGCCGUUUACCAUCACUCCCAUUUUUUCAGAUUUUCCAGUCCAUGGGAUGGAGCCCAUGAAUAAUGCCACCAAAGGCUGCAACGAGUCUGUAGAUGAGGUCACAGGGCCAUGCAGCUGCCAGGACUGUUCUGUUGUUUGUGGCCCCAAGCCCCAGCCCCCACCCCCUCCUAUCCCCUGGAGGAUAUUUGGCUUGGACGCCAUGUAUGUUAUCAUGUGGAUCACCUACAUGGCAUUUUUGCUUAUGUUUUUUGGAGCAUUUUUUGCAGUGUGGUGCUACAGAAAACGGUAUUUUGUCUCCGAGUACACUCCCAUUGAUAGCAAUAUAGCUUUUUCUGUGAAUGCUGGUGACAAAGGAACAGCUUGGCUCCUAACCUCCACCCUCCCUUCCUCUCCUGCUCUUCCAGGGGAGGCGUCCUGCUGCGACCCAGUCGGUGCAGCAUCUGAGCGCUGUUUGAGGCAGUUCUUCACACAGUGGGGAUCUUUCUGUGUCCGAAACCCUGGCUGUGUUAUUUUCUUCUCACUGUUCUUCAUUGCUGCGUGUUCUUCUGGCCUGGUGUUUGUUCGGAUCACUACCAAUCCAGUAGACCUCUGGUCAGCCCCCGGCAGCCAGGCUCGCCUGGAAAAAGAAUACUUUGACGCGCACUUCGGGCCUUUCUUCCGGACAGAGCAGCUCAUCAUCCGGGCCCCCCACACAGACAGGCACACGUACCAGCCCUACCCAUUGGGAGCAGACGUGCCCUUUGGACCUCCGCUUGACAUACAGAUUUUGCACCAGGUUCUUGACUUACAAAUAGCCAUUGAAAACAUUACUGCAUCUUAUAACAACGAGACUGUGACACUUCAAGACAUCUGCUUGGCCCCUCUCUCACCAUAUAACAAGAACUGCACCAUUAUGAGUGUGUUAAAUUACUUCCAGAACAGUCAUUCCAUAUUGGACCACGAAAUAGGGGACGACUUCUAUGUGUAUGCUGAUUACCACACACACUUUCUGUACUGCGUUCGGUUUAUUAAUUUUGUGAAAAACUACAAUAAUCCAAAUCUGACCAUUUCUUUCACUGCUGAGCGAAGUAUUGAAGAUGAGCUAAAUCGUGAAAGUGACAGUGACAUCUUCACGGUUGUCAUUAGCUAUGCCGUCAUGUUUCUGUAUAUUUCCCUGUUCUUGGGACACAUCAAAAGUUGUCGCAGGCUUCUGGUGGAUUCUAAAAUCUCUCUAGGAGUUGCAGGAAUCCUGAUUGUGUUGAGCUCGGUAGCAUGCUCACUGGGCAUCUUCAGUUUCAUUGGGAUCCCCCUGACUCUCAUCGUGAUUGAAGUCAUCCCAUUUCUGGUGCUGGCUGUUGGAGUGGACAACAUCUUCAUUCUGGUGCAGACUUACCAGAGAGAUGAACGUCUUCAAGGGGAAACUCUGGAUCAACAACUAGGCAGGGUCCUAGGAGAAGUGGCUCCUAGUAUGUUCCUGUCAUCCUUUUCUGAGACUGUAGCAUUUUUCUUAGGAGCAUUGUCAGUGAUGCCAGCCGUCCACACGUUCUCUCUGUUCGCGGGCAUGGCAGUCUUCAUUGACUUUCUUCUUCAGAUUACCUGCUUUGUGAGCCUCUUGGGGUUAGACAUUAAACGUCAAGAGAAAAACCGGCUGGACAUCCUUUGCUGCAUUGGAGGCACCGAAGAUGGACCGAGCAUCCAGGCCUCAGAGAACCGCUUGUUUCGCUUCUUCAAAAACUACUAUUCUCCACUUCUGCUGAAGGACUGGAUGCGGCCACUUGUGAUAGCGAUCUUUGUAGGUACUCUGUCAUUCAGUAUUGCAGUCCUGAACAAAGUAGAAAUUGGAUUGGAUCAGUCUCUUUCAAUGCCAGAUGACUCCUACGUGGUGGAUUAUUUCAAGUCCCUCAGUCAGUACGGGCAUGCGGGCCCGCCUGUAUACUUUGUCCUGGAGGAAGGGCACGAUUACAGAUCUCUGAAAGGGCAGAACAUGGUGUGCGGUGGCGUGGGCUGCGACAACGACUCCCUGGUGCAGCAGCUCUUCAGCGCAGCGCAGCUGGACAACUAUACCCGAAUAGGCUUUGCUCCCUCAUCCUGGAUUGAUGAUUAUUUUGAUUGGGUUAAACCACAGUCGUCUUGCUGUAGAGUCUACAAUGUCACUGGCCAGUUCUGCAAUGCUUCAGUGGUCAACCCUGCCUGUGUCCACUGCAGGCCCCUGACUCCAGAGGGCAAGCAGAGGCCUCAGGGUGGCGACUUCCUGCGAUUCCUGCCCAUGUUUCUUUCUGACAACCCUAACCCCAAGUGUGGCAAAGGGGGACAUGCUGCUUACAGUUCGGCAGUUAACAUCCUUGGCAAUGACACUGGAGUUGGAGCCACAUACUUCAUGACCUACCACACCGUGCUGCAGACCUCCACUGACUUCAUUGAUGCCAUGAAAAAAGCCCGACUUGUAGCCAGUAACAUCACCGAAGCCAUGGGUGUUAAAGGCAGUAAUUAUCGUGUGUUCCCGUACAGCGUGUUUUAUGUCUUCUACGAACAGUACUUGACCAUUAUUGAAGACACGAUCUUUAACCUUGGCGUGUCACUGGGAGCGAUAUUUUUGGUGACCACGGUCCUUCUGGGCUGUGAGCUGUGGUCUGCUGUCAUCAUGUGUGCCACCAUCGCCAUGAUCGUGGUCAACAUGUUUGGAGUCAUGUGGCUGUGGGGCAUCAGUCUGAACGCAGUUUCCUUAGUCAACUUGGUGAUGAGCUGUGGCAUCUCCGUGGAGUUCUGCAGCCACAUAACAAGAGCGUUCACAGUGAGCCUGAGAGGAAACCGUGUGGACCGCGCAGAGGAGGCGCUCGCUCACAUGGGCAGCUCUGUAUUCAGUGGAAUCACACUUACAAAAUUUGGAGGGAUAGUGGUGUUGGCCUUUGCCAAAUCUCAAAUUUUCCAGAUAUUUUACUUCAGAAUGUAUUUAGCCAUGGUCUUACUGGGAGCCACCCAUGGCCUGAUAUUCCUCCCCGUCAUACUCAGUUACAUAGGACCAUCUAUAAAUAAAGCCAAAAGUUGUGCCACUGAAGAUCGAUACAAAGGUACAGAGCGAGAACGACUCCUAAAUUUCUAGCCCUCUUCCAGGGUUUGGUGACUCUGAACUGUAGCUAAGGGUCAGUUUACCACUAGGUAGUAGCUGCGUUGUCAAGGCUGAGCUGAACACUGGAUGUUACCAAACAUCAGGCUAUUUGACAGUAGCGUCUUCGGACAGAGCUUUUAAAGUCAGGAUGCACAUCUGACUUGUGACGCAGUAUUACUAAAUCUGAAGACAUCCACAGGACACUAGAGCCUCUCCCAGCUUCUUCAGGAAAGAAGCCUUAUUCUUUGAUAAGGGGAAGGUGACACUAGGAUGGCUGUGACUGUGAUCUGCUCGUGACACCUUUUAGGGCCAAUGAAGGCACUCUUUUUUU